AGCAAUAUUAUUCGGCCCAAUGGAUGAGCUAUGCCAAAUAAAAGGCAGCCACGCUAGCCAAUGGAGGGACGGAGAAGUUGGUGGGCGGGGAGUCAAUGAAGCAUCUCUUUUCUACCCUGAGGGGCGAUCCAGCGGAGGUGCAACCAGGUCGCAGGAAUUACCCAGCUUGCCUCCACUUCUAGACACACGGGAAACCCAAUGAUUUGAGCUAAGUGCCAACAGGGGACUGUCCUUGGUUUUUGUGCUGUGCAGUGCUCCUCAAGUUCUUUUCAGAUCUUCUCUGGUAAAAAUUGCAUUUAAGUUUUGAAAAAUGAAGCAGUUGAAAAGAAAAAGGAAAAGCAAUUUUAGUGUUCAAGAAACUCAGACUCUUUUGAAAGAAAUUACCAAGAGGAAAGAAGUCAUUUUUUCCAAGCAGCUCAAUACCACGAUCAAUGUGAUGAAGCGAAUGGCCUGGGAGGAGAUCGCGCAGUGCGUGAACGCUGUAGGUGAAGGAGAACAGAGGACAGGGACGGAAGUGAAAAGAAGGUACCUAGACUGGAGAGCACUUAUGAAGAGAAAGAGGAUGAAGGCCAACCUUAAGCUGGUGGGUUCAGGAUUCCCCCUUCCCACGUCUGACUUAGAUGAUUCCCUCACUGAGGAGAUAGACGAAAAGAUCGGAUUCCGAAAUGAUGCAAAUUUUGACUGGCAAAAUGUGACAGAUUUCAGGGAUGCAGGUGGAUCCUUAACAGAGGUCAAAGUGGAAGAGGAAGAAAGGGAUCCCCAGAGUCCUGAAUUUGAGAUUGAAGAAGAAGAAGAAAUGUUGUCAUCCGUCAUACCGGAUUCCAGGAGGGAAACCGAGCUUCCCGAUUUCCCCCACAUCGAUGAGUUUUUCACACUGAACGCAACACCAUCUAAAUCUGCAUACGACGAACCCCAUUUGCUGGUAAACAUAGAGAAACAGAAACUAGAGUUGGAGAAACGCCGCCUGGACAUCGAGGCCGAGAGACUGCAGGUAGAAAAGGAGCGGCUGCAGAUAGAGAAGGAGAGGCUGCGGCACCUGGACCUGGAGCACGAGCGACUCCAGCUGGAGAAGGAGCGGCUGCAGAUUGAGAGGGAGAAGCUGAGGCUGCAGAUAGUCGGUUCCGAGAAACCGGCCUUGGAAAAUGAACUUGGGCAAGGAGAAAAGUCCUUACUUCAGCCACAGGAUAUGGAAACAGAGAAGCUAAAACUUGAGCGGGAACGCUUACAGCUGGAGAAAGAUAGACUGCAGUUUUUGAAGUUCGAAUCUGAGAAGCUACAGAUCGAGAAGGAACGCUUACAAGUGGAAAAGGAGAGACUUCGUAUUCAGAAAGAGGGACACUUGCAGUGAUGUUUUUUUAGGUUUCUAGUAAAUGUUUAUAUAAACUAGAUUUUUCUCAUACCAGGGUGGUGUAAAGGUAGUUUCUGGAUUGCAGUGUUGUUUUCCUGAUGUCUGUUUUCAGUAGAUAGAGAUAGUUACUUGUGGGUAGCCAUAUGCUUAAGUUGUAUAUUGUAUAAAACCUCUGUGCCCUACUAUAAACAGAGUAGCAGAAUUAUUGUGCUAGACUCUUCACAUUAGUAAUAUUAUAUAGUCUUGUAUUAUCUGUGUACCCAGAGUUUACAAUUAUGUCUGUAUAAAAUUCUAGUCCAGUGGUUCUCAAUUUGGGUAAUUUGGGCCCGGGGAAGACAUUUGACAAUGUCUGGAGACAUUUUUGAUUGUCAAAACUGAGUGAGGAGGCAGAUGGCUCUUAGCAUCUAUUAUUUAGAGCCUAGAGAUGCUAAUCAUCCUGAGAUGCACAAGUCAUCGCUCUUCAAAGGGAAGGAUCAGCCAACGUAGAAUGUCAUUAGUGUCAAGUUUGAGAAACCCCAUGCUAGUGUAGUGCACCUCUAUAACUAUACUGUAUAGUUUUAGGAUAUUAAGACCUCAGAUACUUAAGUGGGUAGAUAAUUAAAUGGCCAAAAACUUAACUAUGAAAUAUUGCUGUGUAGUAUGUUAAAUGUAGGAAAUGAUGAAAAUUAUAGGUAUUUUAUUCCCAUGUUUCCAUUUAAAAAUGGCCUGAUAGAAAAUAAUACAGGGCACAUCUGAAAUUACUUAAUGUGAGAUACUUUGAAAAACAGUUCUUUCAUCUAUAGUUGCUUUGGAAGCAACAACUUUGAAGCUUUAGUUCUCUUUUUCUUCAAAUCUGUUGUCUUAGUUUGAAUACAAAAAUUAUUUCAAUCGUGUACUGAAAUCUUAUGUAAGAGAAUGGCCGAAGUAGUAAAAAUGGUACCAGUAUAAAAAUGGUACCAGUAGUCCAUAAGCUUGCACCCAGUGAAUGGUUGGUUGACUUAUAGAAUAUAAAAGGAUAGCUAUUUGGGAGUGGGAAGUAGGGGAGAAUGUACUUUAUAUCAAAUAAUGAUGAGAUGGAAACAAAGAUAAUAGCUGUAUGUUACAGAUAGGGGAAACACCACACAGUAUUUGACCUCAUCUGUGUAGUGGUCAUGUGUGUAGUAGCUGUUUCUGAGUCUGAUACUUGAAGUCACACAGUGAGUAAAUUGCUAAUCUUUUCUAUUGCGGCGUAUUUUGUCUUUGCUAUUCCCUGAGGAACAAAGUUUGUCUCUUCAGUCCCUUUGGUGUUUUGAGGCCAGGGACAGGCUUAACCUUUUCCACAGUCCAGGUGAUUCUGAUGCACACUAAAGUUGAAAAUGGCUGCACGUGUUCACUUUGUGUUUUCUGAUUUCCAGGGCUAAUAUGUAGCUUUAAUACGUCUCCUGUUGACAUACUACCUUAACUGUGUCUCUUGUUAAAUUACAAAUGGGUUAAAAUCUUUUUGACAUUUGAGUAUGGGUAUACAGGAGAGAAAUACACUUCUGCGUACUUACCCUGCUUUUGAAAUAGUGUUAUUUUUGUAUCACUAUAAUAAAUGCUUCUACCAUAGAAAUAAAUUUGCCUAUACCAUC